AAGAAUUACAUCGCACAGCACACAAUGGCCUCAAGAACAUCCUGUUCAAGAAGAGAAGGCCAAAGGCGUUUUUGUUACUUUUUUCAAUGGCCGGCAAUGCAGCUGCAGCUUUACUAAAGGAUGAUGCUCCGGACCUCUACCUUCCAACACCUGCCGGCAAUGCAGGCGGCUGCAAAGACACAUCAACAGGUAUUGCGCAAAGGGACAAAAGUGAAGGCAGGAGGGCAGGGAGCUGCUGCCGUCUUGUCAAGGGAGUUGCAGUGAUGCUGAUUCCUGCACUGGUUCUCAUUCGCUUCUACGACUUCAGUAUGAGAUUGCGAGGCAUGAAGCGAGAUGCUGACAUCAAGCAAAGCUAUGCCCGAAGGCAUGAAAUAGAGCGCGAGUUGCGAAUGAAAGUGCCAAGCUUGUCUGAGUUUGAUGCGGGAAAGAUCGCAGCUGCCAUUGACAAGCAUGAGAACUUUGACAGGCCCCAAAGCCUGCGGGUGACUGCGGGUGUUUUAGACACCAAACUGACGCUGCACACGCUUCAGCAAGGUGGCACCAAAAAGGUUGUGCAGAAAUAUCCAAGGAGCAACAUGUUGGAGAAGGCUCUCAAGGAGAUUAUCCGAGAGCAACAAGAAACCUUAUUCCCUUUAAGGAAAGAGAUCAACAUUGCGUACAGGAAGUUCUUUAUUGGAUUUCCCAGCAUCAGUGGGAGGCCCUGCUCGGUACCCACGUUGGGCAAAGAGCUGGAGACUUUGAGCCCGGAAAAGCGAGUGGAGUUGCAAAAGCAGCUUUUGGAGGACUUCAGGCGGCGGUUCAUUGGUUUUGAGCAGUACUUGAGGAAGAGAAAGCGAGAUGUCCAACAGGUUCUCAAAAAGGAAUGGAUGCCACUCGAACUGCGCCGUGCGUUCGUUGCUUUCGAUAUGUUAUGUAUGAAAAGCGAAUGGUUCACGCCAUUUUACCGACUUGCCGGCUCUCAUGAUGGACGUAUGCGAGCAGGUGCAUGGCUUCGACGUGAUCCUGAACUGAGGUCUCCAGCUGUACACAUUGCAGAGGAGGUUGACCUUCAGUUUAUGCUGCGCGUGCAGCGCGCAUUGCCAUGGCAGUUGAGGAAAUUGCUGCCUCAGACUUCUGAAGCUUCUGAGACCUAGAUGUAUCCGGUUUGAUUGUUUGCCCUAGCACUCUUCCCGAGUGUGUACAUAGUGCCAUUCUUUUUAUGUGGCCAAAUUCCGUCAGCUUGAUGUAUCGUGGAAA